AUGGGUCAAGGACGUCGCAUGAAAAGGAAACAGGGUGCUCCGGAGCCCCUGUCCGAGGAACACUUUGCGCGCCUGAAAAGAAAAGCCGGUAUUCCCGUCGACGAGGGUGAGCAGCCCGCCAAACCUGCGACAACCAAGAGACGUCGUACAGCAAAGAAGGCUGCAGCUGCCGCAAAGAGCAAGAAGCCUCUUCCUAAGACCGACAUUCAAGAGCAUCUCGGUGAUUUAUUGGCAGACGACGCGGAAAAGAGACUCGGCGACGACUUCAUCGGCUCUGGAGACUCCGUCGUUGACUCGGACGAAGAAAUCACCAAUAAGAGGGAGCGAUUCGUCUUUUCCGAUGAUGAAGAUGACAGCGACAAAGAAGAAGCUUUGACCGCUGCUAAUAUCGAGGGUCUUUCGAAGAAGCUAGAUGAGCAGUUGGAAAAGGAGCGCGCCGAGGCAGAGGCCGAGGUCCAGGAGUCUGCGUUGCAGACAAACCUGGACGGCGAUAGGCCAAAGGUCCUGGGCUCUUUUGAAGAAUCGGAUGACGAGUCGGGAAACGCAAAAUCUCUCCUCGCCCCCGAUUUACAGCUCCUCCGCCAGAGAAUAACAGAUAUUAUAAGAAUUCUCGGUGACUUCGCGAAGCUGGCAGAGGAGGGACGCUCUCGCGUUGACUAUACCUCUCAGCUUCUCGACGAUAUCUGCGCCUACUACAACUAUUCCCCGUUCCUUGCCGAAAAACUUUACAAUCUCUUCACCCCACGAGAGGCUUUUGCCUUCUUUGAGGCUAACGAAGCCCCGAGGCCAAUAGUCAUCAGAACAAACACUUUGCGCACUCAUCGCAGAGACCUAGCGCAAGCUCUUAUCAAUAGAGGUGUGACUUUGGAACCUGUUGGGAAAUGGAGCAAGGUCGGUUUGCAGGUUUUUGAGUCGUCCAUCCCCUUGGGUGCAACACCUGAAUACCUUGCGGGUCAUUACAUCCUCCAGGCAGCUUCAUCCUUCCUUCCUGUUAUGGCACUUUCACCACAACCUGGUGAACGAGUCCUCGAUAUGGCUGCAGCCCCCGGAGGUAAAACAACGCACUGUGCUGCUAUGAUGAAGAACACCGGUGUUAUCGUGGCCAACGAUCCCAACAAGGCUCGUGCUAAGGGCUUGAUUGGUAACAUUCAUCGUCUCGGUGCUAAGAACGUUAUUGUAUGCUCUUACGAUGCCAGGGAAUUUCCCCGUGUCAUGGGGGGCUUUGAUAGAGUUCUUCUCGAUGCCCCUUGCUCUGGCACUGGCGUUAUCGCCAAGGAUCCGUCCGUGAAAACGAACAAGACGGAGCGCGACUUCAUGACUCUACCUCAUACCCAAAAGCAGCUUUUGCUGUCCGCAAUCGACUCGGUCAACCAUGCCGGCACCGGCGGUUAUAUCGUUUAUUCCACAUGCAGUGUCACGGUGGAGGAGAAUGAGCAGGUUGUGGCCUACGCUUUGUCUCGGAGACCUAAUGUUAAACUUGUCGACACCGAGCUCCCUUUUGGCAAGGAGGGCUUCACAAGCUACAUGGGCAAGACAUUCGACCCAAGCCUGAAGCUUACCCGCCGUUACUACCCUCAUACCUACAACGUUGAUGGGUUUUAUGUGGCGAAGUUCAAGAAGAUCGGACCCACGCCGGCGAAUGUUUCCAGAAGUAGGGCUGCUACCGACGAACCUAUGCUGGCGUCAGACAAGGCUCCUAUUGUUGAGUCUACCUCUGAGAACGCUGGUGGUGAGGGUUCACAGGGUGAAUUCGGUGGCUUUGACGAGGAUGAGGACCGGGAAUACAUGGAGCGCGCAAAGAGGGGUGCGAUGCGUCGCCGGGGCCUCGAUCCUCGCUCCCUAGACCGACCUCGGGGGGGGGAGAAAAAGAGCGCGUGA